GCCCGCACCGCCGCCGCGACUCUCCGAGCUGAGCCCCAUGGCCCGCGCCGCCGCCGCCCCCCGCGCUCUCCGGCUCCUCGGCGCCGCGCUGCUGCUGCUGCUGCUGCUCCCCGCCGGCCGCCGCGCCGCAGGGGCGCCCGUGGCCGCCGAGCUGCGCUGCCAGUGCCUGCAGACCGUGCAGGGGAUUCACCUCAAGAAUAUCCAGAACGUCAUGGUGACGCCCUCGGGACCCCACUGCGAGCAGACGGAAGUCAUAGCCACUCUCAAGAGCGGGCAGGAGGUUUGUCUCAACCCCGAAGCCCCCCUGGUCAAGAGACUCAUCAACAAGAUGCUGAACAACUCCAACUGACCAGAGGAAGGAGGAAGCUGAUUGGUGGCUAUACCCGGCUCAGGCCCCGCCCUCACAGGAAUCCAAGAGGGAAAGUGGAAUCAUCCGCUCCCAGUUCCAGCUGAACUGGGCUUAAUAUGUUUGAGCAUCUCCUAGGAGAGUUCUCCUAUUUAUUUAUUUAUUGGUUGGUUGGUUUUUAAAGAUUUCCAUGUUAAUAUUUUACAUAUAAAAUAAUUAGGAUGUAAUUGAAUCUAUUUGUGUACUGUACCGCUAUUUUUAUUUAUUUUAUGUUAAACCCAAUUUAGCUCGACCUUGAUUCUUAUUUAAUUUGAAGGUAAAAGGCUUGCAAAUAUCCUCCAAUCAUUAAAUUAAUACUUCUGAUGGGCCCACGGAAUGCCAGCCACUGUGACGGAGGCUGGG